AUGUUGACAAGAACAAUACUUUCUUCUCGAUUGCUGAGGUUGGCUAGCGGUAAGCCCUUACAGUUCGAGCGGAACACAUGGAUUCUUCGCCGAGUUUACGCCCCCGAUCCUACGCCUCCUGGGCGAGUACAGCGGAAUCCGGAGGAGUUGCCGAACCUGAUGAAGCUAGAAGUUGUUGAAAUUGAAACCAGUAAAAAGGCAGGACCUCUGAAGGUCAUUCUGCUACAAGACGUUGAAGGAGUAGGGCAUCAAUUCGACGUAGUUGAUGUCGAUAGAAAGCUGGCUCGAACAGAUCUUCUCCCCUCUAGGAAAGCCGAAAUGGCUGACGAGUUAGCGAAGCGUGUGCGAAUCCCAUAUGAAUACAUAUGCAUUGGUCGGGAUUUACAAGCUCUUGUUGUUCCUAUUAAAGUCAGCAUGGACAAUAAAUGGACUAUUGACAAGCAAAUCGUGAAAAUCUCUCUGAUGCAGAUGGGUGUUGAUAUGCUGGACGAUUCAAUAUUUCUUGAUGACAACACGAUAAGUGGCCCAAACUUCGAGAUAGAGGCUAAGCUCAUUCGAUUCUACGUUGUAGUUUGCAAACAAUACAUAGUGCCUAUGCUGGGAAGAAUUUCACAUAUUUCUGUCGAUGAAACUAAGCAGAUGUUGAUUCCCGAGAAGAGUCAAACUCCAACAGCAGACCUUCUUGCACGAUAUGGAAUCAAACCAGAGGAGCCUUAUUAUCAUCCUGCUGCCGAUGUCGACGAGAACUUCCCUGUUGUUGAUUUCAUGAGAAACAAAGCAAGAUCACCUUAUCAGAAGUGGGCAGCUGUUCUGAUAUCCAAAAUGGUGCAGGAAAGUACUAUGAUCUGGUAUGUUAUUUGCGAAGGGAUUGUUGUGUUAAUGCUGGCUGAUCCGGUACUUGUUGUUAACAAUACUUGUUUUAGUGUGGACAAUUCGGAAUGGAUGCGUAACGGUGAUUUCGUCCCUACUCGGCUACAAUGCCAGCAGGACGCCGCCAACCUGAUUCUGCAAUGCAAGCUGCGCGCGAAUCCAGAAAAUGCAGUAGGACUUCUCUCGAUGGCCAAGUAUGGUUUCCAUCUCAUCGGAAUUGCGUUGUUUUUUCUCAUCGGACUUUCGGAGUUUCCGUUACGUCAAGUUCAAGUGCUUUCUACUAUGACACAAGAAGCUGGGCGACUGUUUAUGAAAUUGCAUCAGUUGGAACCUCAAGGAAUAUGCAACUUCAUGUCAGCCAUCAAAAUAGCUCAUUUGGCAUUGAAACAUCGUCAGAAUCGGAACCACAAGAUGCGUAUUGUGAUGUUUAUUGGCAGUCCGAUAGAUAAUCUUGACUCUGCUGAGUUAACGAAAAUAGCCAAAAAGUUAAAAAAGGAGAAAGUUCAGUGCGACGUCAUUUGUUUUGGUGAAGCUGAUUCGGAAAAUAGUCAGAUAAUGGGACAGUUCGUGGAUACUUUGAACGGAAAAGAGGGUAGCGGUUCAAAUCUUCUCGUGGUGCCAGCGGGUUCGGUUCUCACUGAGGCUUUAAUUUCGUCUGCUGUCUGCAGAGGAGAGGAUGGUGGUAAUGCGCCGGUCGUUGGCGCAGGAGGCGGUUUUGAGUUUGGAGUUGAUCCUGAAGACGAUCCUGACCUAGCUUUAGCGCUUCGUGUCUCGAUGGAAGAGGAGCGCGCUCGGCAAGCCGCCGAAGCCGCAGCAGCUGCCGCAGCUAGUGGAAAUGCUCCCGCUGAGCCUGCAGCAGGAACUGAACAAGCUCAGAAUGUUGACGUAAUGGAUAUGGAAAUGGGAGAAAUGACAGAGGAACAACAAUUAGAAUGGGCGCUGCGCAUGUCUAUGCAAGAUUCUGUGCCAGGUUUCUCAAAAGAAAAUGUCCGGCCAAAAGGACUUAUCAUUACUUGCUCGCUUUUAGCACCAACUGCUCAGCCAUCUCAAGCUCAGCCCACAGAUGAAGUGAUGGACGUGAGCACAGCGCAAGUGGAUAAUCUUGAUGAAUUGAUCAACAACCCGGAACUGCUUCAGCAAAUAAUUGAUGAUCUUCCGGGUGGUGAAAAGAAGAACGACGAGAAGAAACCGAAAAACGAGGAAAAAUAA